GGUCGAACCGUGUUGGAAAUGAGUGUAAGUCCAGUGUUUCAAUCUCUUGUCAAUCGAGUUUCGAUUCUUCCCCAACUUAUUUGUCUGUUCAUUAUCUCUUCAAUCGGCAUUUGAUUUCAAGUAUUAUACCUUUCUUUCAAAGUAAAAUAAAAUAAAACGCAAUUCAAUUACUCUGGAAGCAAUUAACUAAUUAUCAUGGCACAGUACGGAAACAAUUAUGGCGGCGGUGCGAACCCGUAUGCCCAACAAGCAUCCCCAGGUUAUUCUCAAUCACCUCAAUACGAUAAUGGAGCAUCGAUGGGACGAGACUCUUAUGGUGGACAAAAUGUUGAGAUGGAAUCCUUAGCACAAAAUGGAAUGCAACCCGGAGAACAAUCCGAUCCAAAUUAUAUUCUCAAUGCGUGUCGCCACAUCGAUCAUCAAAUUGAAGCAGCCAAUGAAUACAUCAACGAGUUGGACAGACUGAAGAAUCGAGUCGGAAAUGAGCUGGACCAAGGUGUAAUCGCUAGAGAUCUUGCGGGAAUAGCAAGUGAUUCGAGCACUGCAUUCAAGGGUAUAAUCAAUGAGAUCUCUAGGCUCAAGAGAAUGCCCGAGUCAGGAAGCCCAAGAAACCAACCGCAGAUUGGUAGAGUUCAACGCAAACUCAAGGGAACUAUGGACCAAUACAAGGCGAAGGAAAUGGCCUUCGAGCACGCAGUCAGAGAUCAAAUGAGACGAGAAUAUAGGAUUGUUAACGCCGAGGCCACUGAGGAGGAAGUCAAUGCUGCUGUACCAAAUGCGGAACCACAGCAGAUGUUUCAACAAGCUUUGAUGACAAGCAACAGACAAGGACAAGCAAAUACAACUUUGAAUGCUGUCAGACAGAGAAAUGAGGCUAUCAAGAAGAUCGAGCAAGAUAUUAUCCAAAUCGCCGAACUAUUCUCGGAGAUGGAGAACUUGGUUGUACAGCAAGAAGCUGCUGUAGUCAACAUUGAGAUGAAGGGUGAAGAAGUUGUCGAGAAUAUGGAUAAGGGUGUUCAACAAAUUGAUACGGCAAUUGUCAGUGCGAGAUCAAGAAAUAAAAAGAAGUGGUAUUGCUUAGGUCUUGUUGUCAUCAUUGUUGCCAUUAUCGCAAUCGUCUUAGCUGUACACUUCACCAGUAACGAUUCAGACGACAAGAACAAAACUACUACUAAAAGAGCAGUCAUUCCAGGUACCGACUUCACUACAUCAGAUAGACUUGUCGUACCAGGAGCAAGCUUCGUAGAAUCAAGAAUGGUGGUUGCCGGCAAGGAAUGGAGUGAAGAAAAGGCAGUUGUUCCAGGUGCAGAUUUUACACCUGUGGUUAGAAAGUGGAAGAAAUUCAUCGCAUGA